ACCGGCUGUUGAGGGGCGAUCCUUGGUUUAUAGUCGUUUUUUACUACAAGAUCGUUUUUUUUAGCACAACAGUCCUAAUUUUAUAAUUUAUGAUGGAUUUGUGUAUAGGACUUUUUGCUCGUUCGGUGGUGCUUUUGCAUGAUCCAAUGGCUAUGGAUCAGCUGGCUUCCGAUACUUUGAUAGUUCUUUCUCAUCUGGUACCUUUAUUUCCAAAAAAUGUCAAGUUGUUUUGGCAAGAUGAGCUCUGGAUUCCAAAGAUGAAGUCAUAUGUCAGCGCUGAGGACUUGAAACAGGAUCCAUCUUAUCAAGAUACUUGGGAUGACAUGAUAAUUAAUUUUCUUGCUGAAUCUUUGCAUGUGAUUGAAUAUGAGCUCUCUAUGCACCUGACGAUGAACAUGCUGCACUUCUUCUCAGGCCUCAAAUCAAUUGCAAGCCGUGAUUUGAAUUACGCAAGAAGCAUGUAAAGCCAGACGUUGUAUAUCUGUUUUCAUGAAUCGAAUCGAAC